AUGAAAGAAAGUGUCGAUGCAGCCAUCGGUCCUAGACGGAUCACACCUGCUCCCAACGCAAAUCAAUCUAUGAUCUACUAUAGCCUUCUGCAAGUACAGCAGCAGCAGCAGCAGCAGCAGCAGCAGGGGAAAGGGCACCAACAAGUGGUGACGUUGCCGAUUGAAACUCUGCCCGAUCCUCCGGCACCCACGCUGUACCUGGAUAAGAAUAUGCCUACGGAGAUCAAGCAGUUGUUACAAUAUCAGGCACAGAUACCGUACGUCGUCACAGCGAAUCGCAUCCAGUAUAGGCCGAAGAGCAUCUUCAUCCCCAAACCGUUGUCCGAUAACGAGAAGGAACUUAAUUACUAUCGUAGCAAGGUUUACUAUACGGACGAUGAAAACAUCGACGCGGAAUAUUCACAGAACAAUCCGAUCGACAAGGACCAGCGUCAUUAAUUGUCUGGCCUU